CCAUGCACCUGUUCUCAACAAGCAAUGCUGAUUCCUGUGGUGGUGUAGUCCAAGGCCUGAACGGGACCAUAGAGUCUCCUGGUUUUCCCCAUGGCUAUCCCAACUAUGCCAACUGCACAUGGCUGAUAAUAACAGGAGAGAGGAACCGAAUACAGCUAACCUUUGUUACGCUGGCACUGGAGGAAGACUUUGAUAUUGUAUCCGUCUAUGAUGGACAACCAUCGCCUGGCAACUUAAAAAUGAGAUUGUCAGGAUUCAUGCUGCCCUCUCCUAUUGUCAGCAGUGGUUCCAUACUGGCUCUGUGGUUUACAACAGACUUUGCUGUGAGUGCGCAGGGCUUCAAAGCAGUAUAUGAAGUUCUGCCCAGCCACACGUGUGGCACUCCUGGCCUUAUUCCGAAUGGAAUUAUUCAUGGAUCGAGAUACAACAUGGGAGACAAGAUCCGAUACAGCUGCGAGUCGGGUUUUGUGCUGGAAGGUCACAGUACCCUCACAUGCAUUGUGUCACCUGGCAGUGGAGCACAGUGGGACUUCCCAUCGCCGUUUUGUCGAGCGGAGGGAGCAUGUGGCGGUACGUUACGAGGCACCGCGGGUUCAAUCACCAGCCCCGGAUAUCCAGCGGAGUACGACAACAACCUGGACUGCACAUGGUCAAUCCUUGCUGAACCCGGGGACACUAUCGCUCUUGUUUUCAACGACUUCCUACUAGAAGACAAAUAUGACUUUCUGGAAAUCAGCGGGACAGAAGCACCAACCAUAUGGAUGACAGGCACGACUCUUCCUUCACCAGUGAUAUCGAAUAAAAACUGGCUUCGGAUACAUUUCACCUCGGACAGCAAUCAUAGAAGAAAAGGAUUUAGUGCUCAGUAUCAAGUGAAGAAAGCCAUAGAAUUGAAGUCCAGAGGGGUAAAGAUGAUGCCCAGUAAAGACUCCAGUCACAAAAAUGCUGUCUUGAGCCAGAGUGGCCUUGCUGGUGACAUUUGUCCAGAUCCUGGACUUCCUGAAAAUGGCAAAAGGAUGGGUUCAGUCUUCCAGGUCGGCUCGAGCGUCCAGUUCAGCUGCGAUGACAGCUAUGUACUGCAUGGAUCUAAAAGUAUCACUUGUCAACGGGUCACUGACACGCUGGCUGCUUGGAGCGACCACAGACCCAUCUGCAGAACCCGUACCUGUGGUAGUAAUCUGAGAGGGCCCAGAGGGGUGAUAACAUCUCCUAACUACCCGGUUCAGUAUGAGAACAAUGCACACUGUGUAUGGGUCAUCACUGCAAUGGACUCUGAAAAGGUAAUAAAGCUGUCAUUUGACGAGUUCGAUCUGGAGAGAGGCUAUGACACGCUGACUGUGGGAGAUGGUGGAAAGAUAGGAGACACUCGGCGGGUACUCUAUGUACUUACUGGUACCAGCGUCCCUGAUCUUAUCGUGAGUUUGUCAAAUCAGAUGUGGCUACACCUGCAGUCAGACGACACAAUCGGCUCUGCGGGAUUCAAGGCAAUCUAUGAAGAAAUCAACAGAGGAGGUUGUGGUGAUCCCGGAGUGCCUGCGUUUGGUCGUCGUAGUGGCGAUCGCUUUCAGCACGGUGACGUCUUGACCUUCUUUUGCCAGUCGGCUUUUGAGCUCGUGGGAGAAAAAACCAUCACGUGCCAACACAAUAACCAGUGGUCUGGAAACAAACCCAGUUGUGUGUUUUCUUGCUUCUUCAACUUCACGGCUCCAUCAGGAACCGUGUUGUCCCCAAACUACCCAGAGGAGUAUGGUAACAACCUGAACUGUGUGUGGUUGAUUAUCUCCGAGCCGGGCAGUCGAAUACAUCUCUUCUUCUCUGACUUUGACCUGGAGCCACAGUUUGAUUGGCUGGUAGUUAAAGAUGAAGGUUUGUCUGAGGCAACAACAUUUGGGACUUUCUCAGGAAAAGACGUUCCAUCGCAAAUUGCAUCAAAUGGACAUAUUAUGAGACUGGAAUUCCAGUCUGACCAUUCCAAUACUGGGAAAGGCUUCAAUAUCAGCUACACAACAUUUGGUCAGAAUGAAUGUCAUGACCCGGGUGUUCCAGUCAACGGACAAAGGUAUGGUGACCAGUUUCAGCUGGGCAGCUCUGUGGCUUUUCGCUGUGAUCAAGGAUUCAUUAGGACACAGGGGUCGGACCAGGUCACUUGCAUCAUUCAGGAUGGGAAUGUCGUUUGGUCUGCUGCUGUUCCUCGAUGUGAAGCUCCCUGCGGAGGCCAUCUCACAGCCCCUACUGGUGUCGUACUGUCUCCUGGUUGGCCAUCCUUUUAUAAAGAUUCUCUCAACUGCCAGUGGGUCAUUGAGGCACAGAAAGACCAUGCUGUAAAAAUACACUUUGACAAGUUCCAGACGGAGGUAAACUAUGACACACUGGAGAUCAGAGACGGCCCGUCAACUUCUUCCCCGCUGAUUGGUGAAUACCACGGCACCCAAGCGCCUCAUUUCCUGAUUUCCACAUCCAACUUCCUGUUCCUGUUGUUCACCACCGACAAUAGCCGCUCCUCAGCUGGUUUCAGCAUCAGAUAUGAAAGUGUGAGGAUGGAGUCAGACUCAUGCCUCGAUCCCGGUAUCCCAGUCAACGGCCGUCGCCAUGGCAGUAGCUUUUCCAUUGGCUCCCACGUCUCAUUUACAUGCAACCCUGGAUACACACUCAGUGAUCAGGAGCCAAUUGUUUGUGAGCAGAGUCACCAGUGGAGUCAUGCUCUUCCCAGCUGCGAUGCGCUGUGUGGAGGCUAUGUUUUUGGUAAAACAGGAACAAUUCUGUCUCCUGGCUUUCCUGAUUUUUACCCAAAUUCUCUGAACUGCACUUGGACUGUAGAGGUGUCUCAUGGAAAAGGGGUCCAUCUGGUUUUCCAUACUUUCCAUCUAGAGGAGAACCAUGACUACCUGUCCAUCAUUGAAGAUGGCAACUUCCAGGCUCCGGUGGCUCGACUCACUGGCUCAGUGCUUCCUCCAAGCGUUAAAGCUGGACUCUAUGGAAACUUCAGUGUGCAGCUGAGAUUUAUAUCUGAUUUUUCCAUGAGCUACGAAGGAUUUAAUAUUACUUUUUCAGAGUACGACUUAGAGCCCUGUGAGGAUCCCGGUGUGCCGGCAUUCAGCAGGAGGAUGGGAUUUCGAUUUGGAGUCGGCGACUCGCUUGCCUUCUCUUGUUUCCACGGCUACAGACUUGAGGGAGACAGUAAGAUCACUUGUCUUGGAGGUGGCAGGAGAGUGUGGAGCAACACACUGCCACGGUGUAUAGCCGAGUGUGGAGCUUCCACGUUAGGACCAGAAGGUGUUCUACUCUCUCCAAAUUUUCCCUCCAGCUACGAUAACAACCAUGAGUGCAUCUACCGCAUCACUACUGAAAAGGGCAAAGGAAUCAGGCUGAAAGCUGAGAGCUUCUCUUUGCAAGAUGGAGACUAUCUAAAGGUGUAUGAUGGAGAGAAUACUACAUCCCGUCUUCUUGGCAACUUUACACUUGAUGGAAUGAUGGGUCGUGUCAUCAACAGUACGUCCAAUCACUUAUGGCUGGAGUUCAACAGCAAUGCCUCUGGAACGGAUCAGGGCUUUCGCCUUACUUACACAAGUUUUGAUCUGAUUCGCUGUGAGGAACCUGGAGUUCCCAGUUAUGGGUAUAAAAUCCAGGACGAUGGGCAUUAUGCAAAUACAUUCGUCCUGUACUCCUGCAACCCUGGGUACACCCUACAUGGCAGCAGUACACUUACCUGUCUGAGUGGUGACAGGCGUGUCUGGGACAAACCACUUCCUUCCUGUAUUGCGGAGUGUGGAGGUCACAUAACUGGAGCAGUGUCGGGACGGAUUCUUUCCCCUGGAUACCCGGCUCCAUAUGACAACAACCUCCACUGUACCUGGACUAUAGAGGCAGACACAGGCAAGACUAUCAGCCUCCACUUCAUUGUCUUUGACACUGAGGUUGGCCACGAUAUUUUGAGAGUUUGGGAUGGUCCAUCUGGCUCUUCAGACGGUGGGAUCCUGUUGAAAGAAUGGUCUGGCCCAGCCUUGCCUGAAGAUAGCCACUCGACUUUCAACAUCCUUACUCUACAGUUUGAUGCUGAUUAUUUUAUCAGCAAACAAGGAUUUUCUAUACAGUUCUCUACCACAACAGCAACAUCCUGCAAUGACCCCGGUAUCCCCGUAAAUGGUUCUCGAUAUGGAGACAGUAAAGAGCCUGGUGACAGCAUGACCUUCCAGUGUGACCCAGGCUAUCAGCUGCAAGGCCAAGACACCAUCACAUGUGUACGGAUGGAUAACAGGUUCUAUUGGCAGCCGGAUCCACCAACCUGUAUGGCGACCUGUGGGGGUAAUGUCAGUGGUCCUUCCGGUGUGAUUUUGUCUCCGAACUACCCUCAGCCUUAUCCUCCUGGGAAAGAGUGCGACUGGAGAAUCAGAGUCAAUCCUGACUUUGUCAUUGCCCUUAUCUUCAAAAGUUUCAACAUGGAGCCAAGUUACGACUUCUUGCACAUCUAUGAAGGCGAAGACUCAAACGGGCCUCUCCUUGCAAGUCUUCAAGGCAACCAGGCCCCUGAACGCAUAGAAAGCAGCGGGAACAGUCUUUUCCUGGCGUUCAGAUCAGAUGCAUCUCUAGGAAUGUCUGGAUUUGCUAUUGAAUACAGAGAGAAACCAAGAGAGGCCUGUUUUGACCCUGGCAACAUCAUGAAUGCCAGUCGGACAGGCUAUGACUACAAACUAGGAUCCCAGGUGUCCUACAGCUGUCACCAUGGCUACACAAUAGUGGGUAGUGAAACCAUUAUGUGUGUCAUGGGGAAUGAUGGGAAACCAGUGUGGGACAAGGCCUUGCCAUCAUGUAAAGCUCCAUGUGGAGGACACUAUAGUGGAUCUGAGGGUGUUGUUUUAUCCCCAAACUAUCCUUUAAACUACACCAUGAGACAGAUGUGUUCCUAUCACAUCACUGUGUCCCCACAGUUUGUGGUAUUUGGUCAGUUUGCUGUUUUCCAGACGGCAAUGAAUGACUCAGUGGAGCUUUUUGAUGGAGCCAAUGAAAAUGCUCGACUGCUCAGCUCCCUGGCUGGAUCCCAUUCGGGAGAGACUUUGCCGCUGGCAACAUCCAAUCAGAUCAUGCUUCGCUUCAAUGCCAAGAGUGGCCAGUCAGCUAAAGGCUUUCAUUUUGUCUACCAAGCUGUGCCUCGCACAAGUGACAAUCAGUGCAGCUCAGUGCCAGAGCCUCGGUAUGGCAGACGAAUUGGCUCAGAGUUCUCAGCAGGCUCCGUUGUCCGCUUCGAGUGCAGUCCUGGGUAUCUUUUAAAAGGAUCCAGCGCAAUUCGAUGCCAGGCUGUACCAGGUGCCCUCGCACAAUGGAACGCAUCGACACCUACAUGUAUAGUUCCCUGCAGUGGCAAUUUGACUGAACGUCGAGGUACAAUAUUGUCUCCUGGUUAUCCUGAGCCGUACCCUAAUGCUCUAAACUGUCUGUGGAGGAUCCAUGUCAGUGAAGGAGCAGGAAUACAGAUCCAAGUUAUGACGUUUGCAACAGAACACAACUGGGACUCUCUGGAGAUCUAUGAUGGAGGGGACAUGACAGCUCCAAAACUGGGAUCCUUUUCAGGAACAACAGCUCCUGCUCUACUGAACUCAACAUCCAAUCAGCUACUCCUGCACUUUCAGAGUGACAUCAGUGUGGUAGCAGCAGGCUUUCACCUGGAAUAUAAGACGGUUGGGCUGACCACUUGUCCUGAACCAAUGAUCCCAGCAAAUGGCAUAAAAACAGGAGACAGAUACAUGGUGAAUGAGGUGGUAGCUUUCAUUUGUGAACCUGGUUACACACUACAGGGUCAUUCACACAUUUCUUGCAUGCCUGGGACUGUUCGUCGGUGGAACUACCCACCACCUCUUUGCAUAGCACGCUGCGGUGGGGUCCUAUCUGAGAUGAGUGGUGUCAUCCUCAGUCCAGGUUUUCCUGGCAACUACCCUGGAAACCUGGACUGCACCUGGCAAAUCACCCUGCCAGCUGGAUAUGGAGCCCAUAUUCAGUUCCAAAACUUCUCCUCGGAGGACAACCAUGACUUUCUUGAAGUCCGUGCCGGACCACAACACAGCUCUGCUCUCAUUGGUCAAUUCACAGGCUCACAGAUUCCACCACCAUUGAUGAGCACUACUCACCUGACAAUCAUUCACUUCUACAGUGACCACUCAGAGAACAGGCCAGGGUUCAGAUUGAUCUACCAGGCUUAUCAGCUUCAGAACUGCCAGGAUCCUUCUCCUUUCCCAAAUGGUGACAUUAUCAAAAGUGACUACAGUGCUGGACAAUCAAUAACCUUUCAGUGCUACUCUGGUUAUGUUUUGAUUGGACACAAGGUGCUAACGUGCCUCCAUGGGACAAAUCGGAAAUGGAAUCACCCUUUUCCCCGUUGUGAGGCUCCUUGCGGAUAUAAUAUGACAGCUGAGAAUGGGACCAUCUAUUCACCUCAGUACCCCAACGAAUACCCCAACUCCCAAGACUGCAGCUGGCUCAUCAGCGUUCCCCAUGGCCACGGGGUUUACAUCAACUUCACUUUGCUGCAGACAGAGCCAGUCACAGAUUAUAUUGCUGUCUGGGAUGGGCCUGAUACCUCUAGUCCCCAGCUGGGAGUCUUCAGUGGUAACACAGCAUUAGAGUCGGCCUACAGUUCCAGCUCAAAGGUCUUGGUUCGCUUUCAUUCUGACUUCUCUACUGGAGGAUUCUUUAUCCUUAACUUCCAUGCUUAUCGUCUGAAGAAAUGCCCACUUCCUCCUAUUGUGGAGAAUGCAGAGAUGAUCUAUGAAGAUGAGGACUUUCACAUAGGUGAUAUUGUGAAGUAUCGCUGCCUACCCGGGUACACACUGAUUGGAAAAGCAGAGCUUAUGUGUAAGCUUAAUUCCCACUUGCUUUUUGAAGAUCCACCCCCAAAAUGUCAAGCUCAGUGCCCAGCAAAUGAGGAGAGGUUUUCAUCAUCAGGAGUCAUACUAAGUCCUGGGUUUCCUGGCAACUAUCCCAACAGCCAGACUUGCUCCUGGCUCCUUCGUAUGAUUCCAGGUUACACCAUAAAUAUCUAUGUAGAGAUGUUCCACAGUGAGAAGCAGUUUGAUGAACUGGAGAUUUUUGAUGGAUCAUCAGGACAAAGCCCUUUGCUUGUUGCUCUGAGUGGUAACCAUUCCUCUCAGCUGAACUUCACGUCUAAAACCAACCAGCUCUAUCUACGAUGGUCUACUGACCAUGCAACUAACAAGAGGGGAUUCAAGAUACGAUACUCGGCUUCUUAUUGCAGCAUUAAUGAUCCUCCAUUAAAUGGCGGUGUAGUCAACCGAACGAAGCUCCAUCCAGGUAGCAGACUUCAGUUCUAUUGUAACCAUGGUUACCGCCUGGUAGGUUUAAGCAACGCCACCUGCAGGCUUGAUUCUAGUGGGCUUUACCAGUGGGACGCACCUGCACCCGUUUGUCAAGCGGUUUCAUGUGGAAUACCUCAGACUCCCGCCAAUGGCAGCUUCCAUGCAUACCACUAUAAUGUUGGUAGCCAGGUCACUUAUCAGUGUAAUUAUGGUUACCAUCUUGACCCUGAUGCUCCUGUGUCAGCUGUGUGUUUGGAGGAUGGCAGCUGGAGUAACGCAGGUUCAGUUCCCCGUUGCCAGCCUGUGCACUGUCCCAGCAUUGAAGGCGUCCUGACAGAGCACAUGACCUAUCGCCUGCUCAUUGGUAGGCUGGGUGAGUUUGGUUCCACUGUGAUGUUGGAGUGCUCAACUGGCUUUUAUUUGGGUGUCGGGCAUCGAACUCUCCGCUGCCUCGCCAAUGGGACCUGGGAAGGAUCGGAUGACCCAGCUACGUGCAAGAUCAUCUCUUGUGGGGAGCUUCCUACACCACCCUUUGGUACGAAACUGGGGACACUGACUACAUUUGGAGCAACCGCCAUCUUUAUGUGUAACCAUGGAUACACACUAGUUGCAUCACACGUGAGAGAAUGUGGCGCUGAUGGGCUGUGGAGUGGUGCAGAAACUAAAUGUUUAGCUGGUCACUGCGACUCUCCGGAUCCUAUAGUCAAUGGUCACAUUAGCGGAGAUGGCUCAAGCUACCGUGACACUGUGGUGUACCAGUGCAUGUUGGGAUACAGACUAAUCGGCACAUCUGUCAGAAUCUGCCAGCAAGACCAUCGAUGGUCCGGAACAACACCUGUCUGUGUUCCCAUCACUUGUGGUCACCCUGGAAACCCAGCCAAUGGGCGAACCAAUGGCAGCGAGUUCAACCUCAAUGACGUUGUCAACUUCACCUGCAAUAAAGGUUACAUCCUCAGUGGGAAUGCCCGCGCUCAGUGUCGACUCAACGGACAGUGGAGCAACCCCUUACCUGUCUGCAAAGUGGUGAACUGUUCGGACCCUGGCCACGUGGAGAACGGUGUGCGCCAGUCCGGUCUGCAUUACCCAGAAAUUUUCAGCUAUGGCGUAACCGUGGUGAUCCAUUGUAAGAGAGGCUAUUACCUUCUGGGCUCUGCAAUCCUCACGUGUCAACACAACGGCCUGUGGGACCGGCCAACACCUCGAUGCUUAGCUAUUUCCUGUGGCGAUCCCGGUGUGCCACCUAAUGCAGUAGUCUCGGGAACCCACAGUUGGACAUACGGUUCUGUUCUGCAGUACUCCUGUUUGCCUGGCGGGGUUCUAGUGGGCAAUUCUACACGCAACUGCCAAGAAGAUGGCACAUGGAGUGGGGCACCGCCCUACUGCACAGGAGCUAGUCCUGGAUUGUGCGGAGACCCUGGGAUACCGCCACAUGGCACCAGACUGGGAGGGGAAGAAUUUAAGACCAAGAGCCUUCUGCGUUUUAGCUGUGAGGCUGGGUAUAAUCUGAUUGGCUCAGCUGAGAGGAUCUGUCUUCACAACAGCAGCUGGAGUGGUACACAGCCCGUGUGUCAAGCUGUUUCUUGUGGUAACCCUGGCACUCCUGCCCAUGGAAGAAUUGUGUUCAGCGACGGCAUCACUUUUGGCAGCUCAGUGGCUUACGCGUGUUGGGAAGGGUUUAAAACAUCUGGACUGACCACCAGACACUGCACAACAAAUGGCACAUGGACUGGUCAGCCCCCAGAUUGCACUGUGAUAAGUUGUGGCGACCCUGGGCCCAUCGCCAAUGGCAUCUAUUUGGGAAGAGAAUUUACCUUCAACCAUACUGUUGCCUACCGCUGUAACCCUGGCCACCUGAUGGAACCAGCUGGACGAAAUGUUCUGGGCUGCACUAAAGAUGGAACCUGGAACCAAACCAAACCCAGUUGCAAAGUUAUCCAGUGUGGACAUCCCCCCCAAGUGCUCAAUGGAAAGGUUGAAGGGACUGAUCACUCCUGGGGAUCCAGUGUGAGCUACAGCUGUUUCCAGGGUUAUCAGAUGUCCAUCCCUGCUGUCUUAACCUGUGAGGGAAACGGGACGUGGACUGGAGACAUUCCACAGUGUUUGCCUGUCCUGUGUGGGGAUCCUGGUUCUCCUGGUGAAGGAUUCAGAGAGGGGACCAUCUUCUCAUACGGGUCAGAGGUCAGGUUUUACUGCCAUUCCCCCUUUGUGCUGGUGGGCUCUGCCAGCAGACUCUGUCAAGCAGAUGGGAUUUGGAGUGGGCAUCAACCAACCUGUAUAGACCCAGCCUUCAACAGUUGUCGUGAUCCAGGAACUCCAGCCUACGGUAUUCCAAUCAUGGCCCAGGGCUUUCAGGUGGGCAGUAAGAUUUCUUUCAAGUGCCGCAAAAACUACCAUAUCCUCGGUUCGACAACAAGAACGUGCCUGGAAAACCUAACGUGGAGUGGAACUCAACCUGAGUGCAUAGCUCAUUCAUGUCGACAGCCAGAAACCCCCAGUAACGUGGAUGUUCGCGCUAUGGACCUGCCAACUUUAGGAUAUACACUGAUAUACAUGUGUCAAGAAGGUUUUUAUCUGUCUGGUGGAUCAGAGCACAGAACCUGCAAAAGUGAUGGAAGAUGGACAGGGAAACCGCCGCUCUGUAAAGUUGGAGUGAAAGUAAAUCCCAAAGGCAGAGGGGACUCAGACAUCCAGAAGAAUAAGAUCCGUGUUCCAGCAGAUGUCUUCUCUCCAAACUCGGAGUGGAGUGGUUUCUACGAGUAUUUAGGGAAGAGGCAGACCACCACCUUUGCAGUUACUGGGUUCAAUGCUACCAGCAGCCGAGUGAACGUCACAUUACUGGAGACCAGCGGAGUGUCGAUCAGACUGUCAGGUACUUACAAGUCAGAGGAAAACCAGCUGCUGUUGAAGGUGUACCAAGUGAAGGGGCCAACAGAGUAUUACUACAGCAAGUUUAAAAAUGACAACUGGGCCAUGGAUGGAUAUGUCACUGCGGAGUCUGACCAGAAGACUUUCAUUUACCAGGGACAUAUUCACAGCAAAGACUUUGGCAAGUUUUCUCUGACAAGACAAGGUCCUGUAACCACGGCAAUGAAUCCAUCAAACCCAUACACGAACAGCAGCUCUGUGGCAGCGGCCAUUUUAGUUCCCUUCUUUGCCCUCAUCCUCUCUGGGUUUGCCUUCUACCUCUACAAGCACAGGACCCGUCCAAAGGUCCAAUUCAACGGCUAUGUCGGACAUGAGAGCUCCAAUGGGCAGGCAUCAUUUGAAAACCCAAUGUAUGACACCAACAUGAAGCCCACGGAGGCUAAGGCAGUUCGGUUUGAUACCACCCUGAACACAGUCUGCACUGUGGUGUAGUUGGGCAAACCUGUCUCUGCCCAUAAAGCGGUUCAGACCACCUUCAUGUGGCGGUCUGCUGAGUGGUGUAACCAAAAUAGAAAGCAAACAAACCUAAUAUCUGGACUUGUCACCAUGAGCAGCCUUUGUGUUACAUGCUGGUGCCCUGCCAGCAAAAUCUUCACAAUAAUGCAGCUCUACUCCACUUCCUCCCACUCUGAUGGCAUUUUUCCGCUCUGGUUUGAGGGAGGAAGACAGAAAAUAUAGUUGAUACUGACAAAAAAAAAAGGCAGUAAAUCACAACCUCAUCAAAUAUCAGAAAGUCUGAUUUCAGGAGAUUACUGCCUCAGCUACAGUUGUUGUUGGUUUUUUUUUUUGGCACUGUUGCAUUUCAAGCAUGUAUACAGAUGGCAUAGCUAGUUGACCUGCUGCUAAGAGCAUGCUCAUCAAGUUUGAAGAAUUGCCCUUACUUUUUCUUGGAAAAAAGCUCUGCAGCAAGGGCCACAUAACUAAAUCAGCAGUAGUUAUUUCCAAUAUCAUCCCACAACUCCCAUGCCAAAUUUGCACAGUGGUACAGGCUAAUGAACUUCCCCGCUGCAGGCCAGAUUUGGGUUUGACCAACACGAGGUUUCACCCUCAGGGGAAGCACAUACCUUUCAUACACUCACAGAUAUAAGAUGGAUCCCGUAUAAAACCUUAGAUAUUUACUGGUGCUGGACCAAAAUCAUCCCACUGACUUUCCGUCCUUCUGGAUUUGACUAAUAAACCUUUUACAGUCUCUCUUGUGUUAGAACCUCAUGUGGGUUCCACAGAUUUGCGUACAUUUAAAAACCAAAUGCAGAGAUAUGAUUAGUUUAAUGUGUUAAUUUAAUAUUAACCUGGUGGACAUUUGGUGAACAAAAAUCAGGGUUAGAUGGGAGUUAGGUUUGAAAAUGUUUUAGCCUAUUUAGAGAGCUGAGCGACAAGCAGGACAAUCACAGAGUUAGGUACGAUUAGUGGACAGAUAUUACAACAAUUUGUUUCAUGGAUUCUUGUAAUUUUCAUUAAUUUAUGCCACUUUUAUGCCUUUUAUGACAGCACCAUAGUACACUGCAGCUAAAUAGGUUAAAACAUAGCAAAUCAAGCCUCUCUAAAGUAUGUUUUCCAAAGGCUUUGCGCCAACACCAAGAGUUAUCCCAAGCUAAGCGAGUUUUUAACAUGUUCAAAUAUUACAAGAAGAUAGUUAAUACCUAUAAGUCCUGCACAGAAUUCAGUUGUUGAAACAUAAAACCAUUCGGUUGCAUUGUAAUGCCUUUGCAGACUAUGGACUGGUUUCUAGAAGCUUGUCAAACACAAUCAAACAUUUGGUUUUUUUUCCUGGACUCGCCACAAUUCUGUGCUUGGUGGCUUAACAAGUGGAAACCUGGAGGCAAUAAGCUGUCAGGAUUGUCAACUGCUGCAAUCAACUGUGCCCAAAUCCAGGAAAUGAUUUGUUCUCUUGUAACUCUAGUCUGGACUAUCAGCCGCAAGAUGACUGAUUCCUUUUCUACACUGAACUCUCCAGCCACAAAAUCUGAAAUAAGAUAAACUGAUUUGCUGACAGACUGGCUGACUGACAGCAACUGGACAAAUGGACGCAGACAAAUAAGGGCAGUUAGUUACUGUUGUCAGUCAAACUAGCUGUAAAAAGAGACAUGGACAUGUUAGAGUGGAAACAGAGACAUCAAGAUGUCUCUAUGUGUCUCUUCUGGUAUUUUUCUUCAGUGAAGAUAUCGAUGAACAGACUUGUAUGUUCAAAAGCCCAGCGGCUUAUUGGGACUUCCCAAACUACAGCUGCUGGGGACUCUAAAAUAUAAAGUUUAUAUAAAUCGCACAAAUUUUGCACUAGUGUUAUUAUUUUUUUGUUUAGUUUUGUUUAUGUUCAUGUGUUUUUGGUUUUGUUUAGGUUUUUUUUGCCCCAAUUGGGACGAGGGAACGAAGAGAAGAUUUGGGAACAGAAAUGGGUUUGCUAAAGGAGUCAUUCAAAAAAGAAUUUUAAUUCAAAAGCUUCUAUCUUUAAAAAGACAAUAUGACUAAAUACAGGGUUACAGUGUGUUUGUAUAUACACAUUUAUAUUUCUCGCUCCCUGUUAGCAGUUGUUUAUUUGUUGCCAUACAUGCUAGCUAAUCAGAAAUGUGGGAGUUCUCAUGUGAAAGAGAUUGACAGGAAAUGUUGUCAGUUUCUUGGUCUUUCUGAAAGCUUUUACUUGCUUCAAUGUAAUUGGUAGAAGAAAAAAAGGAGAACAUCACAUUCAUUAAAAGCCAGUAACAAUAACUUGCAAAAGGCCUAUCCAGAAAUAGUAAUUUACACAGAUUAAAUUAGCAGCUUUUUUCUUGAAAAUGGGACAAUUUUGAGUAUUAGCUUUCAGAAAAGCCCCGCAACCAUUUCUCUAACCAUCUUUAAAAGGCACAUGUUCCUUUCCACCGCUAUUAUUGUGCAUCCUUUCAUCACAUUACAUAUCUGAUGCACACAGUCUUGUUACAACAGCCUUUUCAAAGAGCACAGAGAGUUUGUGAUUGGUUUGAGAAGCGGUCAGCAGUCAAACAAGUUCAUGAGGAAGGCAACAUGCACAUUUAGGGUUGUCAGCAAUUAUAUCCCCGUAUUAUUUAAGAAAUACCUCAUCAGCAGAAAGUGUGUCAAAUCCUUUAUUAUGAAUGCUGGAUCAUCACUGCAACAAAUAUUCAAGCUUACGGACAAACUCAUCCCGCCGAUUUCCUGGAAAUUUUAAAUGUUGCUCUGACAUCCACAAAUCUGUAGGACUCAAGAAAAUCCACGAGUUUCAAACACUAAGCUUGUUAUUUUUCACAAUGUUUUCUCAAAAUACUUUUUUUUUAAACGUUGCUGCACUUGGUUUAUGUAACAGAUUUAAUUGCUUUCACUGUGUCUCCUUUGUUGUUUCCAGGGUUUGUUUCAUGCUUCACACACAACAUUCUGAGAAUAUUCUUGUACAUCCAGCAUUUGCGUUAAGCCUCAUGUUUUUUUUUGUUGGUUUUUUUAUGUUUUCCAUGUUUUAUUUCAUUUUAUUUUUUCAUUUCUCAACCACCAUCCACAGCACAACCACAAAAACCUUCUCUAAAAUUUUAUUCAUGUGCUAGUAGAUUAGGGACGUGUAAAGAGAAGAGCUUCCAACAGACAAAAUAAUGACAUCUUCUAACUAAUGUGUCAUAUUUCUUGCAGAGAAUAGUCGUGUUAAAUGUAGCUGAUUAUUCUGAAGAACUCAAAUACCCCAAAAGUGUGCAUGAGAAGAUUGUCAAAACUCUACAGCUUUCACCUCAUUUACUGGAAAAUGACUUUGCCCCAGACCUCAGUGCUGCAAAUGAAAUGCCGUUAAACUGGUCGAGUCUGGAUAGACAUUGUUUUACGUAAAACAACCAUUGUGCUGCAAAGAAAGAAAAAUUGAGGAACAGAGCAGCUCUUAAAAAUAUUUCAGCAAUACAAAUGACAUAUUCAGAAUCUCCAUAUUGGAAUAAACAAGACAUCUGUAAACACUGUAAACAGCAGUGGAGCGUCUGCUCACAGUCAUGAGCCACAUCUCUUCCUUCUUUCUUUUUUUUAAUUGCGAGAGAGCUUUCUGUGCUUCUGGUUUUAAUUGAUUUGAUUAAUUCAGCGUAGAUUUCCUAUGGAGUCAGGAGUGCAUAAUAGAGCCUGAAAAUUAGAGGCUGGUUUCCAAAACCGUAUUAAAAGGUCUAGUUUUAUAAUUACUGAGCGAUAUCUGAUCUCCUAGUGUGCCUGAAAGAGAGAAUUUGGACUGUUUUAUGUAUUCAGGCAUGCUACAAUGUAACUGCACCACCGCGGUUAGAUCUGACAUCCUCCAGGCCCAUAAAUAUACGGCAUAAUGCAGGAUGUCAUUUUGUGCAGAUACUGAGUUUCCUGCACGACUGUCAAGUCUUUGUAGAAUUUCUAUAAGCACACUUCAACGCAUGCUGAGCUCAGAACAGGAUUUUCCACCCACUAAUGUUUCAAUAUUUCCCCUGAUAACCAGCUCUGUAGUGACAGAUGUCAGGCGCUAUUUGACUUCAUUUUGUUACAAAAACAGAUAUCCCUCGCAGAUGUUCUGUGAAAGGUGGGCCCAGUCACAUCUAAAAUGUGCUGUAGAAAUAGAAGCCCAUGGCAGGA